AUGUUCGAAAAACUGAAGAACAAGCUUCACCGCCACAAGCACGAUGAACGAGAGGAUCCCAAGCCUCGUGUGAAUCAAAAAGUCAACGAAGCCCCAAAACCUCCACCGAGCGCACCGGCAGAUCAAAAGCCCGUCGCAGCGCUGAAAGCGGAACAGCCAAAGAAACAACCAGAUGCCCCAAAGGACCUAUGGCUGGAGGCACUCAAAUCCCUGCCUCCCUCUAAGCAGGAGCAAUUGAGUAAAAUGGGAUUUGACCAGUCUAGUGCCAAGAGUGCGUCCGUCGAAGGCAGUAUUGAUGAGCUGGUGAAGGCGGUUGACGAAAGACAGAAGGAAUGCGAGAAGAAGUUUUGGAAAGUUAAGGUCGGCGACCAGGACAUCGUCCUCCGAGACUACACCAACAACAUUGUGGACUGGCUAGAAAAGGCUGGUGACAUUGCUAUCCAGUUUGCACCGCCACAGGCCGCUCUCCCGUGGUCGGCAAUCAAAUCUCUCAUGCAGGUACCCGUCAUUGAGGGUGAACAAAUGGCUGCUCUGCUCGCAACUACCGAGAAGAUUGUUAGUGUGAUCAGUCGCGGCCAGGUGUAUGAAUCUGUAUACCUGAAGAACACCGCAGCAUCGUCUACCGAUAACCUAUCCAAGCAUCUUGAAUCUUCAUUGACCAAGAUUUACAAGACAUCGCUUGAUCUGCUCUCUGAAUCCGGAACGCUCUUUAGUAAGAGCACAGCCACCCGCACCCUACAGGCUCUCCUCAACCCAGGAAAGGUCUCCGGUGGCCUUACCGACAUUGGUAGCCAGGAAGAUGACCUUCUGCGUGAUGUCUCGGCAUGUGAGGUCAGGCGAAGUGCAGACGCCGAUGAUAGUAUGGUUGAAAUGCUCGGAGCUUUGAACGCCCCGAUGAAACGGGUCGAUAAAGGCAUUCAGCAUCUGCUCCAGCAGGUGGACGAGAAGGAGCACACCGAGAUGUUGGAAUGGAUUUCAACCAUUCCGUUCGGUGAAAAUCACAACAACAUCAGGGAGCAGAGAACGCCGGGAACAGGCAAGUGGCUACUACAGAACAAGAGCUUCAACGAGUGGGAGAAAGUCAAAUCCUCUAUCUUCUGGCUUCAGGGUUCUCCCGGUACUGGAAAAACUUAUCUGACAUCGACUAUUAUCGAUGAUAUCAAGGAUCAACUCCAAGAUACCCGCAACAGCGAGGGCUUUGCAUUCUUUUACUGUGAUAAGAACGAGCGGUCCCGGUCAGAGCCACAGUCUAUUCUUCAAAGUAUUGUGCGCCAACUCUCAACCACAGUGAACAGUCCUGAAUCUGCGCAAACUCAACUCCAUGAGCUUUAUAAACAGUGUCGCAAGGAGGGCUCGACCUUCUCCCUAAGUCAGUGCAAACAGCAAAUUCAAUUGUCGAUCGAUAUCUUCGACAGAACGACAAUUGUGAUUGAUGCGAUGGACGAAUGUGACGCAGACUCAAGGGAUGUUCUUAUCGAUGCAUUGAAAGCUUUCAUUGCCCAAUCAGAGAAUUCUGUUAGGAUCUUCAUUUCCAGCAGACCUGAUCCUGAUAUUGAGAAUCAGAUGGAGAACACUCCCAACCUUCCCAUCAACGCCAGCGAUAACAAGAGUGAUAUCCAUAAGUAUCUGAUUGCGGAAUUGGAAAGAAUUACGAAGAAGAAGCGCUUCGUUCAGAAUAUGAAAGAGGACAUCAUCAAUGCAUUGCUCGAUCGUUGUCAAGGAAUGUUCCAAUUGGCAGCUCUGCAAACCCAUCAGAUUUCAAGGUGCAACAGUCCACUGAGUGUGGAGAAGCAGCUUGCUAGCCUCCCAGACACUCUUCAAAAGGCGUACGAUGAAGCAUGGAGUCAGAUCGAAGAUUUGGAGGAGACGGAGCAGAUGCUAGCUAAGCGGGCAAUCUUGUGGGUUAUGGCCGCGGAGCAGCCCUUGAAUACGUCUCAGAUCCUAUGCGCCAUUCGCGUAAACACAAACGGCGAGGAGCCUGCUUUGGCCGAGGAGAUCGAUGAGCAGGGACUGAUGUCUUCAUGUAACAACCUCCUUGCUCUUGACUCGCAGCUCAAGGUCUGGCGUUUUGCGCAUCUGUCGGUCCGCGACUAUCUUGAAUCCAACAGAAAGUGGUCCCUUCCGGGAGCCCACUUACAUGCCGCAACUGCCUGUCUGUCAUGGCUGAACACCAAAUACGAGGGCGAGGAUGGCGAAAUCAACUUCAAAGAUUGGGAUAUAAAUGUGCAGCCAACUGAUAUCUUCAAUUUCAUGCAUCCGUUCCAUGUUUACAUGAGACACUGGUGGAUAAAGCACGUUCAGGCUGCACGUGAUGACGAAAAAGGCACCCUUGCAACUCUUUUGAAGACUUUCUUCGGAUCGCCCUCUGAAGGCAGCAAACAAUACCAAAGGUGGUUUGAGGUGAUUGCAGGAGAUGAUGACAAGAUAGUGGCGAUAGGCUAUGGAAGCAGUGUCCCGGGUAGCUACCGUCUGUAUGCAGCCGCAGCUGGUCAGGGCGAUAAAGGUGUCGACCUGUGCGGCUUCAAUCAAGCACCCUCGCCUUAUCAUGAUGCAUGGCAAACCGACUUGGAGGCAGAUGCUCCUAUUUUCGCAAUUUGUCACUUCGCCCUCUAUGACAUCCUGUCAGACUGGUGGCAAGAUGCCGAAUUCGAUGCCUCGCUGGUAAACAACAGGGGUCACACCUUGCUUACAGUCGCCGCUCAAGGUGGCUCUGCACAGAUAUGCAGGGCGCUUAUUGAGCGGGGUGCAAAUGUGAGCCCAGAGAUGAAGGGUCGGGCUUAUAUCAGUGCACUGGAGCCUGCAGUCCGCAAAGGACACUUCGACACCGUCAAGUAUCUGGUCGAGGUGGGUGCAAAUGUGAACACGGCAGCGGAAGAUAGAAAGCAUCCAACUGCCUUGGCUGCAGCAAUUUCUGCAGGACACAUUGAGAUCGCCAAGUACCUCAUCACAGAGGGACAUGCGGAUGUGAACCAAUCAUACCUUGAAGUGGAGCAAUUUGGCUGGACUGAUAUCAGGACGCCGAUUGCGCUGGCUGUCAAACUCAAGAAUCUUGAGCUGCUGAAGACUUUCGUCGGUGCUCAGGUCAACGUCAACAUAGCUGACCCGUCUGGACAUCCUCUCUUCGCGGCAAUGAAUUGUGGCUACAUUGAGGGUGCCAAAUACCUCAUUCAAGAAGGAAAUAUGGACGUCAACCUGGUCAUAUCGAGCGGAAUGACUCCGGACGAAUCCACUACUCUUCUCCAGAAAGCCACUUCCGUCGUUGGGACGUUUGAAAUCGUGAAGGCUUUGGUGGGGGCCGGUGCCAACUUGAACCCCCCUGUCAAAGGCAUUGAAAAGACUCCUCUUGAACUGGUUAUCUGCCAGCAAAAGCCAGGUGAAAGCAAAAUGGAGGUUGUCAAGUAUCUCGUUGAAGCCGGAGCAGAUAUCCAUCGGGAGCAGCUUGGCAAAUACGCGCUGUACAGCAAAGACUUCGAAGUGGUCCAAUACCUGGUCGAUGCAGGAGGAAUUUCCGAUCUGACUGACAGAAUUGAGGAGGCCACUCGGGGCGGUCUGUUCGAAGCUGUGAAGUACAUCAUUGAGAGGGGGCGAAUCCAAAUAAGAAGCCUUCGUUUGAAGGCUAUGGUACUAUCCUCGAAAUCGCCGCAGAAGAAAAAGCAAGGAAACUUCGGCACUGCUCUCAUCGCAGCCGCAUCAGUGCCCGAUAAUAUUGAGAUGCUCCGAUGUCUGGUUGAAGCUGGAGCAGAUGUCAAUGCAUUGCCAGAGCAAGGCGAAUGGGGCAGCGCGCUUGCUACCGCAGCAUAUCACGCAAGGGAUGAUUAUACCAAAUUUCUUCUUGGAAAGGGUGCAGAUGUCAACGCCCUUCUGAAAGGAGGUGAAUACAGCACUGCUUUGAUAGCAGCAGCGGCAGCAACUGAUCAAAAUAUUGAGGUCCUUGAGACCCUGAUCGAAGCUGGUGCUGAUGUGAAAUCUACAGCCGAGGAUAGAUAUCACGAAAACGCUCUCGAUGCUGCCGUUGGCUCUGGACAUCGUGUCGACACCGUGAAGUUGCUGGUGAAAUCUGGAUGCUCAUUGAACGAACCGUUCAAAUAUGGGGACUUUGGAAGCCCUCUGGCGAUGGCGGCAUACAAUACCGAUGUGGAAAUGGUGGAAUUUCUUAUUGAACAAGGAGCAGACGUCAAUAUGUCACUCGAGAACGGCAAAUACAGAAAUGCUCUUGCUGCAGCAAAGGACGCUUCGAGUGGGAAGGGACUUUUCGAUGAAGAUAACAGUGACGAGGUAAUUGAAUUACUCCGGCAACAUGGAGCAACAGAUUGA